AUGACAACCGACUUCACAGUAUAUCCUUCCCUAUCUCUCAACCCUAGCAGUCCUUGCCCCCCUCGCUCAGGGUCAAGCCGUGACACGCACCGACCAGCAGAGCUGGGCUCCCUGGCUGACUUCCAGGACGAGUUGGAUGGCAACGGUGCAUUACGUAACUCUGGACUAGUGUUUGAUCCUACGUACUUCAAGGUCAAGAAAGAGGUUCAACUCAGCACAGAAACCAAGAGAAUUCUAACUCAAUAUCCGAGCGAACGAUCUGCAGAGGAUAUGCACAUGGUAUUAAUGGCUCUGAAGAACGCCGUGCAAGCAUUCGGGGAAUUCCCGAUAAAGAUGCAGGAGUCUAUCACGAGAGUAGGAUGGUACGAGAGUUUCAACGCCAAGCGCGUGAUCAUCCGGCAGGGCCAGACGGCAGAGAGUUUCUACCUAAUCCUAUCAGGCACUGCAGUGGUCACUGUGUCGUCACCUGACCCUGUGACGUCAGAACCAAACAUACAAACCGUGGCGUUUUUGAAAAGAGGAAACAGCUUUGGGGAGCUGGCUCUGAUGCACCAUGCCAACAGAAACGCCACUGUUUCAUGUAAAGAUUCAGUAGAGCUACUUUCAAUAGACAGAGAGGAUUUCACUGACAUUUUCAUGCACCGCAACGAGGGUGUGGAACCAGACUUCAUUCGGUAUCUUAGAACAGUGGAUGAGUUGAAAGACUGGCCGGUGCACAGACUACCACACGACGACGCAAGCACGUGCCUGUUCACCUACUUCCGGCGAGGCGUAGUGAUAUGUAAAGACAGUAAUAAUUCGGACUGGAUCUACGUCAUCAAAACGGGGACAUGUCGAGUCUUGAAGAAGUUGAGGGCGCCCAAACGUCUCUUCAAGGCAAGGGCUGAUCUUAUAGACGUGUUUUACUCAGUGCCACAAAUCGAUAAAUACAACAAUAGAGUUGCUUCACCACCAUACGAUGGUCGCAGAUACUGCCGGACAUUGCCAGAGAGAAAACUCGAGUUCCAUAAAGAAUUCCGCAGACCCAGCAAGUACACCAAACUACCGAACAUCAAUCAAACCGCCAGGACCGAAAGUGCAGUGUUGUCAGAAACUCCGAUAAACGAGUCACCCACAGAUAUGGUAGACAAAGUGCAAGAUCACAUCGAUCUGAUUCAGGACAAGUUGGAGCAAACGAGGUUCGAACCACUGGAGUGCGCUACUCCAUCCACCGAUAAGAAAAUCUUCAUUCAAGUCCAGAAACUCAUAGAAAAAGACACAUUUGGAUUGAAGCCGCUGGUGUUUGGCCAGACAGAGGGCGCCCCAAGCGUCACCUUAAUAUCAGAGGGGGCAGAGUGUGUGGUCAUAUCCAAGAGGUUCUUCCUACAUCAUCUCAGUGAAAAACACAGAAAAUCCCUCGGCAAAACGUUACGACCCUACCCCUCAGAUGAAAAACUACAGGAGCAGUUACAAGAACAAACCGACUGGGAUGAGUUUAAGUGUCACAUGAUGCAGAGAUUGAUCGAUACACAUGGGAAGAAAUCACCGCAAACCGAAAAGUUCACUUUGUGA